GAAAGGGAACGUCGAAACGUCAAUUUUUAAUGAUGUGUACAUUUAUUUAUCAUGACAGACACAUUGAAAUGGAUAUAACAAUAAAUAUGUCCACCAUUAAGCGACUAUAGCUAGAAAAGCACAGAAGGUGCGGCGCAUUAAUUAAUCUGUUUAUUGACAGAGUAAACAGCUACAGGAUGAUCUUUAGUUGCUGUUGUUGUUUCCGGUAGUUGGUUAAUUGAAGUUCGGUAACUUUUCUCCUAUGAAACAUGUCAGAAAUGGAGGAAUAGGCGACAAGGGAAGGGCGUGUAGGGGAAAAUAUCAUGUUUGGGCGGAGUAUUCAUCGGUCAAGCUCAGGUCCACCGAGGGCACAAAUCAAAGAAGCAGUUUCCUGUUUUUGUGAUCACAUCCCUCCCCGGUCACAGAGAACCUCUUCCCUACUGUAUUACUCGAGUCAUUUCCUAAAAGACACCAGGCUCUACUAGGACAAGAAGUCAGGUGCAUUGCUGCAACAUGUCAGCUCCAGGUUAUCCAUCUCCACACCAGGCUCCAUACCCCAUGCCCCAAGUGGGUAACUCCGUGCCCCCUUACCCAGUAGGGGGUUAUGGGGAACAUGGUUCUGCCGCCCCACCUGCAGGAUUCUAUAUGGGCUACCAACCCAACCCAAAUCAGCCAGUCAUGUACCAGCCAGGCCCGGUUGGCCCAUCACAGACGCCAGCACAUGUGCCUGCAUAUGGAGUUGAUGCUCAAUCACCUCCCGGCCCUGUAGCAGCACCUUUACCAGUGGCAGUAGGGGUACCACCAGGUCUGGAAUAUUUAACACAGAUUGACCAGCUCCUGAUUCACCAGAAAGUGGAGAUGUUGGAAGCGUUCAUCGGCUUCGAGACCAACAAUAAAUACGAGAUCAAGAACAGCAUGGGCCAGAAGAUCUACAAGGCCAAAGAGAAGAAUGACUGUUGCACACGGAACUGCUGUGGUUCACUGAGGAGCUUUGACAUGAAGAUUAAAGACAACACAGACCGCGAGGUCAUACGUCUGAUUCGCCCUUUUCGCUGUGCCUCCUGCUGGUGCCCCUGCUGCAUGCAAGAGAUGGAAGUGCAGGCACCUCCUGGCACCACCAUUGGCUACGUGACCCAAGACUGGCAUCCCUGUUACCCAAAAUUCUCCAUCAAGGGUGCCAACAAGGAGACUCUGAUGAAACUGGAGGGGCCAUGCUUAGCCUGCAACUGCUGUGGAGAUGUCAACUUUGAGUUGAAAGGCAAGGAUGGAGGAAAGUCUAUUGGUCGAAUCAGUAAGCAGUGGAGUGGACUACUAAAGGAGGCAUUCACUGAUGCAGACAACUUCGGCAUCCAGUUUCCCUUUGACCUGGAUGUGAAAAUGAAAGCUGUCCUGAUGGGAGCUUGCUUCCUAAUUGAUUUCAUAUUCUUUGAAAAAGUGGGAGAUACUAACCAACGCAACACAGUCUUCUCAUAGAGAAGUAGAUGUUCUUCAACGUGCUUUGGUCUAUUCAUUCAUUCUUAUCUUUUUAUGAUGCAAUACUAUGAGAUAACUCUUCUCCAUCUCCUGUUAGUCAGACUCCUGAGCUUUGUCUCUUAAGGACUUCUGCUGCUUUCUCUCAUCUUAUAUUUUCAUACCUGGCCCACAGGAAACAGAAGGAUGUUUGCAAAAACAAAGUGAUUCACACAAACCAGUAAUUCACGUUCAUCCUUGUAUGUUCACACAUUGCAUGCAUGCCAUUUUCUUGACACACCUGAAACCUUUUUUUCCCCCUCCAGAAUGUAUCGUAUGCAGUGGUACUGAUUGUAGCACUUUGUGCUCAUCCCGCCCCCCACAAAAAAACAAAAACAAAAAAAAACCAACCAAAUAUUAUUUUAUGUGUAUUUUCACUGUUUGUAUAGACCUACAUAAAUCAAGUUUUAAUGUCUUGUACAAAAACCACUUUUUAUUACCAUCAAACAUUGUCUUAUCUUUUCAGAGAAGAUUGUGUAUGCUUUAUUGAUGACAUUAACAGUGCUAUAUUGUAUUUGUAUAGGUAUUAAUGGUAUAAUCAAGUUUAGAAAUUGUAUACUUAUGUCCUUAACUCUGACUCUCCUGCAAGUCCAGACAUACACUUCUUUAAUUUCAUAACACAGCUUUCCUAUUAGUUAGGACUAAUUUAUAGUUACUUAUAAGUAGUUAUAGUAAUUCCUAAAUAAUAUGGCUGAUGAAUAACUGAACAGAAGCUGGGAAGUAAAGGGUUUAAUGGUUGGCUCACAAAGUUUGGAUAAUAUACUAGUUAGUCAGGGGAAAAACUGAGUAGUGACUGGGAGGAUUCCACUGUUGGAAAUCUUUUCUUUCCUUUUCAUUCUUCUGUAUUUCCUGUGGUGGAUGAUGACAUAGCUAAAAAGCCCACAGUUCUACCAGUGUGUGGAGAAAGAGUACACUGCAACCCGCUUUUACAUCAAAUGAAUGUGUUCAGUGUAAUAGGGAACAGAAGUUUAGUUUUCUGGCAGUAGAACAAUUUUGUCUCGCUUUGCCAGCUUUGUGCGGUUUCUUAAAAUGGACUGGCAGGAAUAUAAAGUGCAUGUUUAAAGUAUAGAAACUAACAAAUUCACUACAACAAGUACUUUAAAAUGUUUUAAGCUCAUAACCAUGCUAGCAAAAGCCUUGUUAAAGACACCCCCAGUAUUAGAGAGACUUAUUUUAAAAUGUGGUUUAAUUUGUUUCUCAAAACGUUCAACAAUCUUUACACAACUAAUGUAUGCAAUUAAUCUUAUGUUGCAUAAAUGCCUGAACUGUUCAUAUUCUUUUGAUUUCACCAAAAGCUAAUGUAUGGCCACAUUGGUGUUAAUGUUUGAGUUAAUGACAGAAAAUGUGGCCUUUCAGAGGCUUUCAUAGAAAUGUUAAGUAUGCUGGUAUUAGUUUGUCCCACAAGAAGGAUUACAUCUACAGUGGUGCUAGAAAGUUUGUGAACCCUUUAGAAUCUUCUAUAUUUUUGCAUAAAUAUGACCUAAAACAUCAUCAGAUUUUCCCACAAGUCCUAAAAGUAGAUAAAGAGAACCCAAUUAAACAAAUGAGACAAAAAUAUUAUACUUUGUCAUUUAUUUAUUGAAGAAAAUGAUCCAAUAUUACAUAUCUGUGAGUGGCAAAAGUAUGUGAACCUUUGCUUUCAGUAUCUGGUGUGACCCCCUUGUGCAGCAAUAACUGCAACUUAAACGUUUCCGGUAACUGUUGAUCAGUCCUGCACACCGGCUUGGAGGAAUUUUAGCCCAUUCCUCCGUACAGAACAGCUUCAACUCUGGGAUGUUGGUGGGUUUCCUCACAUGAACUGCUCGCUUCAGGUCCUUCCACAACAUUUCGAUUGGAUCAAGGUCAGGACUUUGACUUGGCCAUUCCAAAACAUUAACUUUAUUCUUCUUUAACCAUUCUUUGGUAGAACAAUUUGUGUGUUUAGGGUCGUUGUCUUGCUGCAUGACCCACCUUCUCUUGAGAUUCAGUUCAUGGACAGAUGUCCUGACAUUUUCUUUUAGAAUUCGCUGGUAUAAUUCAGAAUUCAUUGUUCCAUCAAUGAUGGCAAGCCGUCCUGGCCCAGAUGCAGCAAAACAGGCCCAAACCGUGAUACUACCACCACCAUGUUUCACAGAUGGGAUAAGGUUCUUAUGCUGGAAUGCAGUGUUUUCCUUUCUCCAAACAUAACGCUUCUCAUUUAAACCAAAAAGUUCUAUUUUGGUCUCAUCUGUCCACAAAACAUUUUUCCAAUAGCCUUCUGGCUUGUCCACAUGAUCUUUAGCAAACUGCAGACGAGCAGCAAUGUUCUUUUUGGAGAGCAGUGCCUUUCUCCUUGCAACCCUGCCAUGCACAUCAUUGUUGUUCAGUGUUCUCCUGAUGGUGGACUCAUGAACAUUAGCCAAUGUGAGAGAGGCCUUCAGUUGCUUAGAAGUUACCCUGGGGUCCUUUGUGACCUCGCGGACUAUUACACGCCUUGCUCUUGGACUGUUCUUUGUUGGUCGACCACUCCUGGGGAGGGUAAAAAUGGUCUUGAAUUUCCUCCAUUUGUACACAAUCUGUGUGACUGUGGAUUGGUGGAGUCCAAACUCUUUAGAGAUGGUUUUGUAACCUUUUCCAGCCUGAUGAGCAUCAACAACGCUUUUUCUGAGGUCGUCAGAAAUCUCCUUUGUUUGUGCCAUGAUACACUUCCACAAACAUGUGUUGUGAAGAUCAGACUUUGAUAGAUCCUUGUUCUUUAAAUAAAACAGGGUGCCCACUCACACCUGAUUGUCAUCCCAUUGACUGAAAACACCUGACUCUAAUUCCACCUUCAAAUUAACUGCUAAUCCUAGAGGUUCACAUACUUUUGCCACUCACAGAUAUGUAAUACUGGAUGAUUUUCCUCAAUAAAUAAAUGACCAAGUAUAAUAUUUUUUGUCUCAUUUGUUUAACUGGGUUCUCUUUAUCUACUUCUAGGACUUGUGUGAAAAUCUGAUGAUGUUUUAGGUCAUAUUUAUGCAGAAAUGUAGACAAUUCUAAAAGGUUCACAAACUUUCAAGCACCACUGUAUCUGUACUUAAAGGCUUACAUUCUACCUGUACUCAUUAUAUAUUAAUAUAUACAUGUAUGUAUAAUGAACUGUUUUGUCUUAAAAUGACAUUAAAACUUUUGAAAAGCUUUA